AUGAAUCAUCCUGAUAAUCAUGCGAAUGAUAAUACUAAUCUGGAUGAUAAUGCUAAUCCGGAUGAGAUUGUAGAAAAUUAUCACACUCCGUUGUGGAAGUAUGUCAAAAACCUCGAAAAAGUGGGAAAUAAAGGAGGAGGAAAUACUGAAUUUAAAUGCAAUUAUUGUCAGAAAACUUAUAAAGGAUCCUACCCUAGGGUCAAGUAUCAUUUGUUAAAAAUGGCUGGAAACGGGAUCGCGCCUUGCAGCAAGGUUACUAAUGAAAAUCUUGCAGAAAUGAAAAAGUUAAUUCAAGAGUGUGAAUAUAAGCUGAAGAGUUCUGCUCUUAAGAAUGUGUCUUUGCCCAAUACUGGUUCUUUCUGUUAUGAUCUACCUGAAGUGAAUCUUGAUCCAAAGAAGAGAAAAGGAACAAGUGGGCCUCUCAGUAAAGCUUUUAACAAGGAAGCUCAAGAUCAAUGGUAUGUUCCACCAGGUUACAAUGCACUAAGAACCACUCUUCUGCAACAAGAGAAGAGUCACAUUGAACAAUGCCUCCAACCAAUCAAACGCACAUGGAGCACUAAAGGUGUAAGUUUGUGUAGUGAUGGGUUGACAGAUGCACAAAGGAGACCACUAAUUAAUAUUAUGGCAACUUGUGAAAGCGGGCCUAUGUUCUUGAGGGCAAUUAAUUGUGAAGGUGAAUAUAAAGACAAGCAUUGUAUUGCCAACUUUCUCACAGAAGCUAUCAAAGAAAUUGGUCAUGAAAAUGUUGUUCAAGUGAUCACUGACAAUGCUCCUGUCUGUAGAGCUGCUGGGUUACUUAUUGAGGCUCACUAUCCCCAUAUCUUUUGGACACCCUCUGUUGUUCACACUCUUAAUCUUGCUUUGAAGAGUAUAUGCUCUCCGAAACAAACAAAUGUUUCGUACGAUGACUGCAAUUGGAUUUCAACUAUUGCUAGUGAUGUUUGGUCCAUAAAAUUUUUUAUUAUGAACCAUAGCAUGAGAUUGUCCAUGUUUAAUGAACAUUGCAAACUAAAGUUGCUCUCCAUUGCCGAAACAAGAUUUGCUUCCACACUUGUGAUGCUUAGAAGAUUUAAGGAAGUAAAGGAAGGUUUACAACAAAUGGUGAUUAGCCCGAAUUGGGCUUUGUACAAAGAAGAUGAUUUGGUUAAAGCAAUGUCGGUGAAGCAAAAAAUAUUGGAUGAGUACUUUUGGGAGAAGAUUGAUUAUAUUCUUUUCUUUACAGCUCCAAUAUAUGAGGUUAUUAGAAUGGCUGAUACAGAUAAACCUUGUCUUCACUUGGUGUAUGAGUGGUGGGAUACUAUGAUUGAAAAGGUGAAAGCUGCUAUCUACAGGAAUGAGCGCAAGGCAUUACAUGAAAAAAGCAGCUUUUUUGAUGCGGUGUAUCGCAUUUUAUUGGAGCGAUGGACUAAAAGUAGCACACCACUUCAUUGUUUGGCGUAUUAUAGUUCAGAAUGGCUCCAAGAAGACCCUAGUCGGGUUGCUCCACACCGAGAUGUUAAGCUUACAACUGAAAGGAAAAAGUGCUUUGAGAGAUACUUUUCCAAUGAGGAAAUUAGAAGAAGUAUCAAUGUGGAGUAUGCCUCUUUCUCUAUGUGCUUGAAUGACUUUGGAGCUAUUGAUUCUAUGAAUGAUAGGUUUCAUUUGGAACCAGUGAUGUGGUGGAUUGUCCAUGGAGCUUCUACACCUAGUCUCCAAUCCAUAGCGUUGAAGCUACUUGGACAACCUUGUUCCUCCUCUUGUUGUGAAAGAAAUUGGAGCACUUAUAGUUUUAUUCACUCUCUAAGAAGGAACAAGAUUACACCACAAAGAGCGGAGGAUUUGGUAUUUGUGCAUAAUAAUCUUCGUCUUUUAUCAAGGAAUAGCUCAACCUACAAAGAAGGUAUUACUCAAUUGUGGGAUGUUGGAGGAGAUGGCUUUGAAAACUUGGGUGAAGAAAGUGUCGGGAUGCUUGAUAUUGCUAACCUUUCACUUGAUGAACCGUCAUAG